AUGCGACGACCGUCCGUGGAGGCCAGCGUCAAUGCCGACGCGGCGCUGGAGAAGAUGGGCUACAAAAGCGAAUUGCCCCGGAAUCUGAGCAUGCUGAGUGUGCUGGGGCUAUCCUUCGCCAUCAUGGCCGCCCCCUUCGGCCUCAGCACGACCCUGUAUAUCACCCUGACAGACGGCCAGUCCGUCACCGUCAUCUGGGGCUGGGUGCUGGUCACGCUCAUCUCCAUCGCCAUCGCCGCCUCGCUGGCCGAGAUCUGCGCCGUCUACCCGACCGCCGGUGGCGUGUACUACUGGAGCGCCAUGCUGUCGACCAAGCGAUGGGCGCCGUUGAUGUCCUUCAUCGACGGCUGGCUGACCCUCGUCGGGAACUGGACCGUUACGUUGAGUAUCAACUUCUCCGGAGGCCAGCUCAUCCUCAGCGCCAUCUCCCUCUGGAACGAGGACUUUGUCCCCAACGCGUGGCAGACCAUCCUCAUGUUCUGGGCGGUGAUGCUCGUUUGCGCGUUGGUCAACAUCUUCCUGUCGAGAUAUCUCGAUUUGAUUAACAAGGUGUGCAUCUACUGGACCGCGGCCAGUGUCGUCAUCAUCCUGGUGACGCUGUUGGCCAUGGCCGACGACCGCAGAUCGGGCGCGUUUGUGUUUGGGCAUUAUGAUGCGUCUGCAAGUGGAUGGCCAACCGGUUGGGCAUUCUUCGUCGGACUGCUGCAGGCAGCCUACACGCUGACCGGCUACGGAAUGGUGGCAGCCAUGUGCGAGGAGGUGCAGAACCCACACCUCGAGGUGCCCAAAGCCAUUGUGCUGUCUGUUGUCGCAGCAGGGAUUACGGGUCUUCUCUACCUGAUCCCCAUCUUGUUCACCUUGCCCCCCGUCGAGCUCCUCCUCCAGGUCGCAAACGGUCAGCCCAUCGGGCUCCUCUUCAAGACCGUCACCGGCUCCGCGAGCGGAGGCUUCGGGCUGCUGUUCCUCAUCCUGGGGAUCAUGCUGUUCGCCGGCAUCGGGGCCCUGACGGCCGCCAGUCGCUGCACGUACGCCUUCGCCCGCGACGGCGCCAUCCCGGGCUUCCGGCUGUGGCGGAAAGUAAACAAGCAACUAGAUGUGCCCGUGAACGCAGUGAUCCUCUCCACGCUGGUGGACUGCCUGCUGGGGCUGAUCUACUUCGGGUCGACGGCGGCGUUCAACUCGUUCACGGGCGUGGCGACCAUCUGCCUGUCGACGUCGUACGGCCUGCCGAUCCUGAUCCUGGUCGUGCGCCGCCGGAAGGCGGUGCGGCACUCGUCCUUCUCGCUGGGCCGGUUCGGCUACGCGAUCAAUCUCACGACCAUCGCAUGGAUCUGCCUCGCCGUGGCGCUCUUCUGCAUGCCCGUGUCGCUGCCCGUGACGGCGUCGGAGAUGAACUAUGCCAGUGUGGUGUUUGCCGGGUUUGCCGUCGUCAGCAUCGUGUGGUAUUUUGUCUACGCCAGGCGAGAGUUCCGGGGGCCGCCGGUGGUCGUAGCGAGCGACGAGGAGGGUCGUCAGGGUGAGAGCGAAAACGAAGAUGAAAAGAGUACGGGGGUCAUGAGCGGCAAGGCUGUUGUAGAUGAGGAGAAUGCACCUGAUCCAGAAGUUACAGAAAAGAAGACUUAG